AUGGCCAGCACGACUGUCAUCAACGCAAACGCGACGUCCAAGGUCCACCCUUCUCCCCCCCCGCCAAUCGAGCCAUUAAAGAAUGACUUGGCACGCACCUACACGCACAUUCACCCGCUUCUUGUCCUUUCCGUCUAUGGCCUCAAGUUCAAUGCAUUGGUUGCCGACCCGGUAUCGACGCUCUUUAGCACCCUUCCGUACCUCGCCGUGCUACAGAUAGCGUUCGUGGCUGUAUGCCUACCACCAACUGGAGGCGCACCCAAGAAGCCCACCGAGAAGAAAGCCAAGGCUCCUGGCAAGCCGGAGCAAGGGGGUAACUCGAAGCUUGUACCGGCAUUCCUAUCCCUCCUUCUUGCCCUGAUCGCUGCAACCCCGCUCCUGACCGCUACCCUCGUCCUGUUCGGCGCGCCCGUCUCCUCGCAUUACUGGCAUACUCUCCUUUGCGGCGCUCACAUCGCGCUUCUCAGUACACUGCCCCUGGUAUACGUACACGGUGUAGACGGCGAGACCUGGAGGCAGAUUGUCGCGCUGCUUCUGCCGAUUGAUGAAGUCUACGGAGGAUUGAUUGGUACUGUGCUUGGUGCAUGGCUGGGCGCUGUGCCUAUUCCAUUGGACUGGGACCGCGAAUGGCAAAAAUGGCCCGUCACCAUCGUUACAGGCGCUUACAUUGGAUAUGCAGUCGGCAAACUGCUCGGUGGCACGCUCCUGAAGGGUACCAAGAUCAUGUUUGAUUAG